AUGCCGCUGGGGGUGACCAUGAGCUCAGCUGGGAGCAACGUGUGGGUCGGUAUCCUGCCCAGUGCAUGCCGGCUGCAGGGAUUCCGGAGGGUGUUCUCAGGCAAAACCCUCCUGCUCAGUGCCAGACACAUCAUGAAGCGCGUGCGGGUCUGGCUGUGGUUGGGGAUAUUCGUGCUGGGCAUUGGAUUUUUCACCCUGUGCUUCCUCAUGACGUCCCUGGGAGGGCAGUUCUCAGCCAAGCGCCUGGGGGACUCGCCCUUCACCAUCCGGACCGAAGUGAUGGGCGCGGUGGAGUCCCGAGGGGUGCUGCGGCGAAUGAGCGACAUGCUGGAGAUGCUGAUGAAGAGGAUGGACAUCCUGGCCAGGCUGGAGAAUAGCACUGACUUCCACAAAGGGGAUGAAGCACGAUUCCCUCUGGACAGGUUCCAGCCAGCAGCUGGGUUAAUGGAGAGGAUCCAAGCUAUAGCUCAAAACGUCUCGGACAUCGCAAUAAAAGUAGAUCAGAUUCUCCGGAACAGCCUCCUGAAUGGGAAAGUGGUGGAAGGCAGGAGGGACCAGUGCGAGGUGCCCAGGGACCCCAAGUACCCUGACUGCGCUGGGAAAGUGGAGUGGAUGAGGGCCAGGUGGACCUCCGACCCCUGCUAUGCGUUUUUUGGCGUGGACGGCACCGAGUGCUCAUUCCUCAUCUACCUCAGCGAAGUCGAGUGGUUCUGCCCUCCCCUGCCGUGGCGGAACCGGACGGCGGCUCAGCCUUCCCCCCCGCCGCUGCCCCAGGUGCAGGCAGCUUUCCGGAAUGACUUUGCUCACCUCCUGGACCUAAUCGGCACGGGCAAGGAGUCCCUCAGCUUCAUGAAGAAGAGGAUCCGGCACUUGGCCCAGCAGUGGCUGCGGGCAGCUCGGCGCCUCAAGCAGAAGCUGAAGGGCCGGCAAAGGGACCAGAAACACAUCUUGAUCCAUAUUGGCUUCCUGACGGAGGAGUCGGGGGAUGUUUUCAGUCCACGGGUGCUGAAGGGGGGCCCACUGGGUGAGAUGGUGCAGUGGGCUGACAUCCUGGCUGCCCUCUUCCUCCUGGGACACAGCCUGAGGGUCACAGUCUCCCUGAAGGACCUGCAGAGUCAUUUAGGGGUGCCUCCAGGGCGGGGGAACUGCCCCUUGACCAACCCUCUGCCUUUCGACCUGAUUUACACCGACUACCAUGGUCUCCAACAGAUGAAGCAGCACAUGGGGCUCUCCUUUAAGAAAUACAGGUGCCGCGUCCGGGUCAUCGAUACCUUUGGGACAGAGCCAGCUUACAACCAUGAGGAAUAUGCCACGCUGCGUGGCUACCGCACCAACUGGGGCUAUUGGAACCUGCAGCCCACUCAGUUCAUGACCAUGUUCCCUCACACCCCCGACAACUCCUUCAUGGGCUUCGUGUCAGAGGAGCUCAACAAGACGGAGAGGCAAUUCAUCAAGUCCAACAAAGUCAGCAGCAUGGCAGUGGUGUACGGGAAGGAGGCCAGCAUCUGGAAGGGCAAGGAGAAGUUCCUGGCCAUCCUCAACAAAUACAUGGAGAUCCACGGCACGGUUUAUUACGAGACGCAGCGGCCGCCCGAGGUCCCGGCGUUCGUGAAGAACCACGGGCUGCUGGCGCAGACAGAGGUUUACGAGGUUGCACGUGGGUUUGCUCCCUUGCAGCUCUUCAUUGGCUUUGGGUUCCCCUACGAGGGUCCUGCCCCACUGGAGGCAAUCGCCAACGGCUGCGUUUUCCUGCAGGCACGUUUCAACCCCCCGCACAGCUCCCUCAACCACGAGUUCUUCCGAGGGAAGCCGACGUCGAGAGAGGUGUCCUCCCAACACCCAUAUGCCGAAGACUUCAUUGGGAAGCCGCAUGUGUGGACUGUCGACUACAAUAACUCCGAGGAGUUUGAAGCUGCUAUCAAAACCAUCAUGAGGACCCAGGUGGACCCUUACCUGCCUUACGAGUACACCUGCGAGGGGAUGCUGGAGCGGAUCCACGCCUACAUUCAGCACCAGGAUUUCUGCACCACGUUGUCUCCUCCUCUGCCUCCCAAGGCCAAGAGCCCUGCUAUGCAAAGCCCUCCGAGCCCGCUGGCCCUGUCCCCCAAUGCCACUCAUCUGGUGUGGUCCCCCAGCGCCAGCCGGGACCCCCACGCCUGGCCACCGGUGGACUCAUUGCAGGUGUGGGUGUCGGAGACACAGCAUGCCUGCACCGAGACGUGCCGGCAGCGCGGGCUGGUCUGCGAGCCCACCUUCUUCAGGUUCCUCAACAAGAAGGAGGUGUUUCUCCAGCUCAGCAUCACCUGCGACAGCACCGAGUAUGAGAUGAACCAUCUCUACCCGGCGGUGGCUGAGAACGUCCACGAGUGCUACCUCCAGAAGGAGCCACUGCUCUUCAGCUGCGCGGGCUACAACACCAAGUACCGGCGCCUCUGCCCCUGCCGUGACUACCGCAAAGGACAAGUGGCUCUGUGCAGGGACUGCUUGUGA